AUGGCGGCAGAAUAUUGAUCCCUUGUAGCAAUGAUGAUGACCGGCUAAUUAUAACAGUUACUGAGAGAAAAGACGGCAACUUGAUUAACACUUACCUUCAAGAUCACGUUAGCUCCCGUUUUGGGGAGAAAAUUUUGAUUACAAGGGCCUUGCAACAACGAAAUAGUGUCUAAACGCUACAUCUAAGUCAACUUCUAGAGUCUCUCCCGGGAUAUUAAAGAGGAACAGAGUGUAGGCAAAUCACUGCACGAGAAAAGGUGUUAAAAUUUAGAGAGAAUUUGAAGACAGAAUGGAAAAAACUGAAUUUGGAAACAAAAAGGAACCAAAAACAACACAUCCUGUCAGGGAUGGGUUGUACUUCUGAGGGGAAAGUGUUGCAGAAGCUAGAAGGAGGCGUACAGAUGAAGAUUUUCAUGAAAAGCCUGAGGGUGGAGCAGAGCGUCAGUUGGACGAUGAUGGUGUCUAUGAAAGUGAGGGAAGUGUUGAAUUUUCAAAGGAUCGCAUGACAACAAGGGCGUUCCUUGUUGUAGCACUGCUUCUUGUAUUUGCGGUUUUUGGAGCUGGGAUAUUCUUCUAUGGUCAGCUAGAAAGCAUUGCUGAUAACGGCCAUGAAGAGGUGGCCCGCACAAAGACUCUAACAGACAAACCUCCUGAGCGAGGUUCAGGAGCCCGUGAGAAACCCAACCACAAGCCACGAGAGACGAGUACAACUGUUCCUGUGGAGGAAUUCGAAGAACAUGUACGGCGUCUACAUGCGAACGGCGGUCUCUUGUUCUCUCAGCAAUACAGUGCUCUCCGUCCUCGAGCUGAUUUCACAUGGAAGGCAAGUCUGACUCGAGAGAACAGGCACAAAAACCGUUACAUCGACAUCGUUGCGUACGACCACAGGCGGGUGAAACUGUCACCGAUACAGGGUGUGCCCGGCUCUGAUUACAUAAACGCCAACUUUCUUGACGGUUGUGAGAAAAAGAAGGCGUACAUCGCUACUCAAGGACCCCUCCCAGAGACCGAAAACGACUUUUGGAGAAUGAUCUGGGAACAAGACUCGAAGACUAUUGUGAUGGUGACAAAAUUAAAAGAGGGUGGUCGUAUUAAGUGUCACCAGUACUGGCCGUUAGAGGGUGCAAAGGUAUAUGAUGACAUUCAAGUAAGACUGACGCAAACUGUACAGCUCAGUGAUUUUACCAUCCGCACAUUGAGUCUCAAGAAGGCCAAUAGCGGAGUCGAAAGAAAGGUGAAUCAUUAUCAAUACACAACCUGGCCUGACCAUGGUGUCCCCACGCGUCCUACUUCACUUCUCAAGUUUGUGAGAAAGGUUUCGGAAGCAAAUCCACCUGAUGCAGGUCCAAUGGUUGUUCAUUGCAGUGCAGGGGUCGGCAGGAGUGGUACUUUUAUUGCAAUAGACGCCAUGUUACAGCGUAUCGCUGCCGAGAAAUCAGUUGAUGUAUUUGGAUAUGUUAUGUCACUGCGACAGGACAGAAAUAUCAUGGUGCAAGUACAGGAGCAGUAUGUUUUUAUUCACUAUGUUCUGUUGGAGGCCAUCAAGGCUGGAAGCGCUUGAUACGGACAAAUAUCUACGGUCACACACAGAUGAUGAUAAUAAUAAUAAUAAUAAUAAUAAUAAUAAUAAAAAUGAUAAUAUUCAUAAUUUUAAUAAUCAAAAAUAUAAGAAGAAAACAAGAUAAUGGCUUAGCUUCCAAAAAAUGUGACAAAAAAACUUGCUUUAAAAAGUCUAAAACAUCGCACAUAUAUUAGGUAUAAUAUGAUAUCGACUACAAAGCUGCUAAUAAUAAUAUUCAUAGUGACAAUAAUGAGAUGAGAACUAGCCUUUAUUGGGUAACUUCAUACAAUCCGGAAUCUAACAUGAAAGUGUAUGAAAAAUUUAAAAAAUCUUGCAAGUUACAAUUCUCCUUUUAAGGAAAAAUAUCAUUAACCUGAACUACAUAAUUAUAUUGCUAUGAAUAAUAGAAUUAUAAUGUGUUGUUUAGGUAGUCUAUAUCUUACUUUAAGUCUCUUCACAAAGGAAAUGCAAAGUCUUCAAAAGUUCUACGCAAAAGAAUAAUAAGAAAAAUUUACAAUAAAAAUAAUAAAAAUAAUCUAUGACUGACGAGUUUAUGGAUGUCUUGCUCUACCCUUCUCUUUUUCCAGAUUCCUGUCUCUAAUGUCUAAGUUCCUCCUUCUCGGGGUUCCAGAUCUCCUUAGACAAAGGAGCGCGCUCCGCAAAAUUGCAAUGGACACUUUCGCUCUGACCCAUAAAAUUGUUGUCGCGUAGCUGUCUUGCUUUUUUGCAGAUAAUAGCUCGGCUAAUCUUGAGUGGUACCACAGGCAUUCGUCAGCCAUKCCCCCCGUCGUUGUAAAUACCAGUGGGGGGGAAGUGCCUUGCUCUACUUCUGUUACACGGAAGUUGUAUUCUCGCUUCUUUUAAUUUUCAUGAAUACUGCAAAUCUGCUUGGGGCUAAGACCUCUGUAUGAGUCUGCAUUGGGAUGACACACCCUUAUAUCGAAAAAAGCACCCCUCUGUCGCUCCCAGAAACCCCAACAGUGGGUGAUAACAAUAACAACAAUAGUUAUACUCAAGACAGUUUACGCGUCCUGUCUAUUAAAGUGGCAGUUCGCGUCACUCGCGCGCGUUAUUGUAUAAGACCUCUAUUUGAAUUAUUUCCUCGUGGAACAAAGGCAACUGUACGAAAUUUUUAACUGGUAGGUACUUUUUGACUCUCCAUUACCAUUAUUAUUAAUGAAAUAAUAGUAAUAAUAAUAUGAGGAGGAGGACAAUCCCGUUGAGUGUUUCAAACUCUAGUAUCGUAGAGAAUUUAGUUUACAUUGAUAAAUUCAUAUGUCAUGGAAUUGUGCGAAUGAAUUAACGAGUUACUAUAUAUAUAAUAAAGGAAUGCCUGAAUGAAUCCGUGAAUAAACAUUUCAUUCCAA